UCAGGGAGGGUAUUACAUACGGUUAAGAGUGUAACCUUUUAUAUGAGGGAGAGGGGAGCCUAAAAUGUCGUCAAGUGGCACCAUAAGUAACUAUUAUGUGGAUUCUAUCAUAGGACAUGAGAACGAGGAGGUGUACGGCGCUAGAUUCUCCCAGGGAGGUCACACAACGACCUCUAGGCCACCAGGUGUUGGAGAACCUUCAGAUUUCUCUUCUUGCAGCUUUGCGUCCAAAUCCGGCGUCUUCCCUGCGUCUUGGUCCACGGUGCACCCUCAGCCUUCCUCAGGAAUGACUGGGAUCUACCAUCCCUACGUGGGUCAGUCCCAUCUAGCAACAGAGAGCAGCAGAUACACGGUGCGCUCCUGGCUGGAGCCGAUCUCCAGCUCUGCGUCCUCCUUCCCUGGAUUCCACCCCAAUGGGCGCAGCUACGGGAUCAAACCUGAGACUACACCUAAAAGGACCGAGUGCUCAUCCUUUGAGUCCCAGGGGAUCGGCCUUUCAGAGUACACGUGUAAUUCCUUUGCAGAAACCCCAGAGAAGCCUCCACCUAAAGAGCCUGCACCCACCGAGGAAGCAGAUGCCAGUGAGCUAAAAGAGGAGAAACAGCAGCAACAACAGCAGCCCCAGCAACCACAACAGCAGCAGCAACAACAACAAAUUGACCCAAGCAAUCCUGCAGCAAACUGGAUCCACGCUCGUUCCACCAGGAAGAAACGAUGCCCUUACACCAAGUACCAGACCCUGGAAUUGGAGAAGGAAUUCCUGUUUAAUAUGUACCUCACCCGAGACCGUCGCUACGAAGUGGCUCGAAUUUUAAACCUCACUGAAAGACAGGUCAAAAUCUGGUUUCAGAACAGAAGGAUGAAAAUGAAGAAAAUGAACAAAGAAAAAGGCAAUAAAGACCAAUAGCAGCAUCGGAUACGCACUGAAUGAUCUCUGUACUAUUUGGAACACUGAAAUAUAUAUAUAUAUAUAGGUCCAUUUUUUUGGAGAUAGAUGUAAAUGUGUUGUGUAUUUUGCAGACCUCCUUUUAAGUCAGUGCGCUUCAUUAUGAGACUUUUUUUUUUGAACUGUUUCCGUUCUAAUACUUUUGUGAUUGCACGCUAGAAUUUCCAGGUAGGUAUUGCUAGAUCUUUUAGGGGGUUGAACUACAAGUAGUGUAGCUCAGUUCAUUAAGAUAGCAGAAAAUAACUGUGGAUUGUGCUACAUUGGUUGAAGUCAGCAGUAGGGAAGUGUUAAUUGCUUACAUUCAAACCAGUAGAACACAAAGAUUUUCCAUAUCCUUGCGAAAUGACGCAAAAAUACUGUCUGCAUGUAAUGUAACACUAAUAGAUUUUAUUAGUGUCAACUGAUAAAGGUAUACACACUAGAUUGUUCUAAUAACAAUUCAGAUUCAGACCUACUCUUUCUUUUCCUACAAUUUUUUUGUAAUGUGCCCUCAUUGUUUUGCAAGACUGG